AUGGCGCCAAUUGUGCGUCGUUUGAACGAAAAAUCAGGCGAAAGUGAGGGCCUUGAACCUCACGGUAACGACAAAUACGGUGCCUAUUCUACGGCGGCGCUGCACGAAGCACUUCGAGCCAAGGGAUAUCAACUGAGGUACCUCAACAACAUGGCGACUUUCAAUUGUAGCAAGAAGAAGUGGUUUAAGAAGGUGGCCCGCUCCAAGUACAAGCAUCUCAUGAUCAUUGGUAGAGCAAUGGGUCAGAAGAAAGGGACGUGGCACUGUAUUGCGCGAGCUUUAGUUCGUGACAAACACUACUUCAUCGACUCCGAUGAAUUCGUCUACAAGGCAAGCACUGAGGAGGGAUUGCGACAUUUCUUUGCCGAGGUUGAUGGUGUUUAUGCCAUCGAGCCAAGUAAUCAAUCAAAAUAA